AUGAGCACCCGCCAGACACGCGUGAUGAGCACCCGCCAGACACGCGUGAUGAGCACCCGCCAGACACGCGUGAUGAGCACCCGCCAGACACGCGUGAUGAGCACCCGCCAGACACGCGUGAUGAGCACCCGCCAGACACGCGUGAUGAGCACCCGCCAGACACGCGUGAUGAGCACCCGCCAGACACGCGUGAUGAGCACCCGCCAGACACGCGUGAUGAGCACCCGCCAGACACGCGUGAUGAGCACAACGCCAGACACGCGUGAUGAGCACCCGCCAGACACGCGUGAUGAGCACCCGCCAGACACGCGUGAUGAGCACCCGCCAGACACGCGUGAUGAGCACCCGCCAGACACGCGUGAUGAGCACCCGCCAGACACGCGUGAUGAGCACCCGCCAGACACGCGUGAUGAGCACCCGCCAGACACGCGUGAUGAGCACCCGCCAGACACGCGUGAUGAGCACCCGCCAGACACGCGUGAUGAGCACCCGCCAGACACGCGUGAUGAGCACAACGCCAGACACGCGUGA